GACCAUAGGAAAUGGGUCGAUCAUGGCGGUUGGGGAAAUGUUUUGAUGGGUUUGAUGGUGGGAAAAGUUCGUCGUAUUGUGCUGCAGGGGUGGUUUAUUGACAUAUUUUUGUUAUUAGUUACGAAGACGUGUUUCAGAACUAUACAAAUGCUGAAGCAAGUGCAAAUGGGCGUCCGUGCGUUUCUGUUGAUUGCGGCUAAAUUCUGGAACUGUGUUUGUUACUUAAUCAAGAAGCAGGUUAGAACAGUGGCGGAGCACCAGCCUGUCAAGUACCAGAUAUUCCCCCUGUCGCCGCUGUCCAGGCACCGGCUCAGCCUGGUGAAGCGCAAGGUGCUGGUGCUGGACCUGGACGAGACCCUGAUCCACUCGCACCACGACGGCAUCGUGCGGCCGUCGCCCAUCAAGGCCGGCAUCCCCGCCGACUUCAUCCUGAAGGUCACCAUCGACCGACACCCGGUGCGCUUCUUCGUGCACAAGCGACCGCACGUCGACUUGUUCCUCGACAUCGUGUCGCAGUGGUACGAGCUGGUGGUGUUCACGGCCAGCAUGGAGAUCUACGGGGCGUCGGUGGCCGACCGGCUGGACAACGACCGCGGGAUCCUGCGGCGGCGCUACUACCGCCAGCACUGCACGCCCGAGAUGGGCAGCUACACCAAGGACCUGUCCGCCAUCUGCGCCGACCUCUCCAGCAUCUUCAUCCUGGACAACUCCCCCGGCGCGUACCGGGCCUACCCAGACAACGCCAUCCCCAUCAAGUCGUGGACCAGCGACCCCACGGACACGGCGCUGCUGAACCUGCUGCCCGUGCUGGACGCGCUGCGCUUCACUCAGGACGUGCGCUCCGUGCUCAGUCGCAACCUGCACAUGCACAGAUUCUGGUAGCAGCGCCCAGGUCAGCACGCUGUCGGCGCGGGCAUCGCCGUGCUGCGCCGCUGGCUGCCCCGCUCGCUCGGCACGGCUCGUGCUGGGCUCGCCGGCGACACCAAGGACGUGUGUUGUUUUGUAACAAACUAGCAUAGAGAGUUGCUUCCCCCGAGACAAGUUUCAUUUGUUUGUGAACAGGGAUGUACAGUUUGUCCCCCCCUCCCCCCAAGCGCAUCUCGCUCGGCUCCCCGGUGUGGCUGUGUUGUGUUUGCGGACCCGACAGCGUGCGGCGCCAGCUGCAGUUUUAAUAUUUCCUUGGUCGGUGCGUAGAGUCCACACUCGGCAGAGCGUCCCGUGCACGGAGCACGGAGCACUCCGUCGUGGCACAACUUGAAUAGUUUUAUCCGCUCAGAGGCACAUUUUGCUGUAAGAAGUGUAACGAUGAUAUUUUACUUUUUAAAGUAAUCAUUGUUUUCUGUAUCAGAAAACAUUAUUUAUAUUUUGGAAGCUGGUACACUAGGAAAUUUUUUUUUUUCUUUUCUUUAACAUGCUAAGCGUAUUUAGCGUGAAACACGGUUUUACGUGCACAUGAAGUGGGAAGUUACGUAUGUUUGCUUCUGUAUUGAUGCUGCCCCGAAUAAAUGGUGCUGUGUUUGUUUUGUAUCGGAAUAAAUUAAAGUUGUAAAUCUAAGUAACUCUAGCUACAACAAAAUUUGAUUGUAUUAGAAAUAUUGUUGAGUAUUCUUCUAUGCGAUGAAUAAAUAUUUUGCUGUCGAAUUAUGUCUCCUGUUGGUGUAUACAUGAUAGGUGCGGUAACCUUAAUACUUGAAGUAUGUAUGUAUCAUUUGUACUGUAUAUAGCCUUGAGCGGUGAUUGGGUGGUUUGAGAGAGUUGCUAACCAUUAUUCCUGUGUUAUCACGUCUGCACCUCUCUUGCUACUUUUUUACAUUAUUCCCAAACUUGCAGUUUCUUGAUUCCGUCAUUCUCACUGAACUUGUUUUUCUUCAUACAUAAGUCAUUAGUAGAGACAAAAUUUUAUGGGUAUAUUUUUAUGCCAAUUUCAGUGUUAUUGUUUGACCUCUGUUUAUUCAUUAAGAUAGCACAUUUUCCAACAAAUACAAAACUUAAAUGUUAAGUGACACUAACUUCAUCAAAACAGUGUCAUUUUGACUGUUAAAUGAUGAACUUUUACAAUAUAAUAUUUUGAAACAAACAUGUCUUAAAUACUGGGAACAAUAUAAAUUUAUCAGAAAGUAUAAGUGUGUUUGAAAAAUUUACCAAUGUCAGAAUAUAAAAAUUAUUUAUUAAAUCUGUUGCAUUAUUAAAAAAAAAUUUGAAUUAAUUUAAUACAUACAUUUUGGUACAAACUCCAUGCUAAAUAAUUUACAUUCAUUAAAUUUAAUAUAUUGAAAUAUUACAUCUUAGUAAUUUUUAUUGAGUUCUUAUUAAAAAUGCUAACUAAUUUCUUGAUUUUUGGUUGCAUUUUGGUUCUUUAUGGUAUAUUAACAUGCAUUUCGGUGUUAUAUUGUGUAUUAACAUUCUUUUUGGCGUUAUUUUUUUUUACCGAAAUUCACAGUAUAAACUUAUCCCUAGUCAUUAGUGAAUGGUAUAGUUUUGCUUUAUGUUGCUGCUGAGUGGUGUUUGCAGAGUUGGGCAGGAUAGGAAAUUAUGCUUAAAGACACUGACCAACUGUCAAAUACCGUAUUGGUCCGAAUAUAGGCCGACCUUUUUUGCCAGUUUUGUCAACCUUGAAAUCUAGUCGGCCUAUAAGGGGCACUAGCCAAAAUAGUAUAAUUAAACACGUACAUUUCAAGGAGAAUCACUUAUGGCAUAAAAAUGUUAUCAGAUAUACAAUUCAUUGACCUAAAAUUAUGCCGUACUUAUGUGAAAUUAGUAAUUUUUCCAACUUAGACAUUUAGUAAACACACUUAACCCCAAUAAUGUAUCAUAUUUUAAGUACACAGAUGUGGUCACUUUUAGCACAUAGCUUUUAAAAGCUCGGUUUGGUUAUUUUUGAACUGUAUUUAACAGGCUGCGGUAAUUUUAUUUGCUUGUAAAAUGUAUUUACAGUAAACAAUUAGUAAAAACAGCAAAUUUGCUGUAAGGUUAUUUACCAUAGUAUGCUUUAUUUACUCUUCUACCACAGGAAAAUCAAAAUAAUGGCACCAGUGUUGGCAACUUGUAGUUGCGACACGAAUAAACAAAUACCGGUACAUACCAACAGUAACAAGAACAAUAAAACCUAUUUGCAAUAUUGGCUGUUUUAUGGUUGAUUCAUACACGUUUUACAUGAAACUAUUUUGGGUUUUUUACGUCAAAAUUAAACGUACCAGUAAAUGUUUUUACGCACAAUUUCUAUGAACUUAGAAAAUGUAGCCAUUGCCGUAUAAAAUGUUGGCACCACUACAAAAGAAUGUGAAGAUAAACGGAAACAUAGCUUAUAAAUAUUUAUAUAUUUUCGUAAGUAAGAAUAACACAUUUUGGCAGUUCAAUAAAUACUAACUUAGUUGAAGUGUUACUGUGGUAAUAUGCUCUGAUAAUCAUUUUAGUUAGUUAAAAUUUAUUUUUCCCUGAUUUUGAGUGUCUGUAGAAGGGGUCAGCCUAUUUUCGGACCAAUACGGUAUUUGACAAUAGAGUUGGAGUGGUAAUAUUGAAUGGAUAGAAUUCUCCUUCAAAUAAAAAUUUACAGAUAACCUCAAGUAUUUUUUAAAUUAUGUCACAUUAUCAAAGUUUAUUUUUGAUUAAAUCUAUCACAAACUUUUCAAUUUUAAUAUUAUUUUGAAAUUAAAUAAUGGAUCGUAGUGCUGGGUGGAAUUUAUUAAAUUGUGCUUUUCGUGCAUUUUAAAAUUAGUAAAACAUCAAUAAAUUUAACUUACAUUGAUUCUUGUUAGAUCGUAAAAUUAAUGAUCAGUGGUUUUUAAAUAGUUUUAAGACACAUUUUUGCUUUUUAAAUAGGGAUGGGACGAAUCCACAUUUUGGUCGAAUCCGAAUCCUUGUUCGAAUCCUCAGUGUUUGUCAUCGAAUCUCGAAUCCCAGUCCCACACUAAACACAUGUUAUUCAAAACAUGUUAUUAAAAAAAAUCACACAUUUUAAAAAAUUACAUAGGCCUAUGUAUUAAAAAAAAUCACAUGUGUAUUUAUAAAAUUAUAAAAUAAGUGCAUAGUGUAUACACCUUAUAUAAAAUAGAGACAAAUAACCUCAAAAACCACACACGUAAGUUUGCAUCUGUCUAAUUCUCUGUUAAAUUAAUCCUUCCUAUGUUUUCAAUAAAAUACGUUUGUAUAGCAGACACCAUUUAAAAAAAGUUGUUUUUUUCUGCAAUGUUAUAUUAUUGAAAGUUGGAAAUGAUAGAGUAGUUAUGCUAAUUGACAAAAUGCAGCAUAGUUUAUCUUAUGUUUGUGCCAUUACCGUUACCUUUAUAAUAUAGUUUAGGUAUACCUACAAUUUUCUAGAGCUGGACGAACCUCAGUUCUCUGUUUUCGAACCGAGCCAAACCGAACCUCAUACAGAAAUAAUUGUUUUCAAUUAAAAUGAACCGAACACCAGCAUUUUGGUCUUUAACUGAGUGGUGAGAAAGAAAGAUUCUCCAGCCAUAUGUAAAAUUAAAACAUUAUAUAGCUUAGCUUAUAUAUAUAUACCAACUUUUAAUUCGUGAAGAAGUUACAUCUAAAUUUCAAAAAGACUAUAUUCCUUUUUAAGUGUACACUAACCUUCAUUUAAAAAAAAUAUUAUAAAGAUGACGAACAUUCAGCAUAAGGCCACAUAACAUAUUUUUGUGGUAGACAUAACCUAACAUUUUUAAUAAGUAAAACUUUUUAAUAGGACAUCAAAAAAAGGCGAAUGUGAAUUAAGUUACCUAUCUACAUUACAAAACCCGCUGUCUGCAGUUGCUGUUUUCUUGGAAGAAUGCUGCUCGUUAGAAGAAACUUUAGACGGUUUUUUUGGGGUGGUUCUGGGUCACCCGGGUCGUCAUUAUCUUUUCUCCAUUUGGAAAACUUAAACGACGUAAGCCUGCUCAUCGCAAAUCACCUCAAGAACAAUUAUAUUGUAAACGUAACGUAAAAAGUGUGGUUAUAGAAAUUUGCGUCGGAAAAAAGAAAACACGAGAAAUAAUGAUGGCUGCCGCGACUACGCUAGUCAACUUAGUACCGUACUGUAACAUUUACUGGACCAGUACUUUUAAUACACAAGAUUAAAUUAAUAUUUUCAUUACCUGACUGUUAUAACCAAAAAGGCCAAAGAAAAUAAAUACAUCCCAGUAAUUUAAAAUACGUAAUUUACGUAAUCAUUUCCUACCGCAUUUGUCUUGUGUUAACUUGAUCACGUUAGUUUUGCCGAAAUACGAGAGUUCUCAUACAUGCGCUUUAGUUUAACGUAUGGGGUACGCAAUCUUUGGUGAUUUUACAACACUUCUCGUAUACGCACUAUAGUUAAAGGUAUAAUAUACAAUACCUUUGGCAUUUGUACGAUAGUUUAUAUUACGUAGUACGACAAAUGCAUACAAAAUUCUCUAAAGUAAUCAAAAAACAAAGCGCGCCCAUAUGAAAAAAUGCUAUGCGAGUUAUGCGACGAUUAAUAAUUUUAUUUUUAUUUUGUCUGCGCUUGAAACUGUUGAGGCGACGAUUAUGCGAUAAAAGUCGGAAUAUUACAAGUAAUAGAAUUUUGUUGAGCUGUUUUGUGAAUGGUCUCAAAUGGGGGUUAGCAAAUUAGAAAAACGUAUUUUUUUUUAAACGAUCGUUCGGUUUUUCGAAUAUAUUUUAAGAGGUUUCGAACCGAACCGAACGUAAGGGUUCGGUUCGGUUCUAAAUUUUCAAACUUCGCCCAGCACUACAAUUAUCAAUUACUACCUAAAACUCUUAAAAACCCACCUCGAAUCCCACCUCGAAUCCCACCUCGGAUCCUACGAAUCCUCGAAUCCAUAGGAUUCGGUAUAUUCGACGAAUCCAAGAUUCGAAAAUCCCAUCCCUAUUUUUAAAUCUAUAAUUGUUUUUAAUGAACAUUUGUAUUAACAUUAUUUAAGUUAUUUCACCUUUAUAACCUCUAAUUGCAGAUGUGUUCUUCGCCAUUUUUAGGAUCGGUUGUGGUAGAAAAGGACGUCCUUUCCGUUUUCACUGGGCUUUUUGGAUCCAACAUUAUUUAUAACCCGCCCUUUAUGGAAAAUAUUUGAUGGAACCACAAGUUCAACUUUUUAAACAAACGUGACUGCUAGUGAUGUGUCAACCCUUUAACAUUAUUUGACAAAAAAUAUCGGAAGGAGCCUCAGAAUCGGAAGUUUGAUGUCGUGACACAGGCUUUUAAGUUUUAAGGAAAAUUAAGGCCAUGAAAAAAAAUUCCCACCGAAAAUGGAACGUGAUCAGGAGUGGUUUGAGGUUUUGUUUUGAAAUUGCAGUGUCAGUACUGUCGUAGCUAGAGACUCAAAAAAAUUGUGAUUAUUGAAUUUGCAAAAAAAAAACCAAACACUAUUAAAUGGUGGGAAAUGACUUUCAAAGCAUAUUUGAUAUGGUUUUAUUCAUAAACUUUUGAAUCCAUUCACUAAUAUUAGCAAGUAAAUUAAAUUUAUGCUGCAAAUUUGUUAAUGAUCAAUUUUUUUUAGUCCUGUGUGUAAAUCUAAAAUUAUUUAUAAGUGUUCAAAGUAUAAGUAAGGACAAGAUUUUGUUUUAUUUUCUGGCCAAUUUUGUUUUUAAAAAAGAUAGCAUAUUACUGAACAAUCAUGACACUUAGGGUUCCAUGAUAUAUAUUUCUCCAAAACAGUGAGAUGUUUUCAUAUACAUGAUGCACUUUUACAAAAAAGUUUGUAAUAAGCAUGUCUUAAUAUUCAGAACAAAUAAAAUAAAUCUUUUAAGUAUUUUUGUUUGAAAAAUGUAAUAACGUUGUAAUGUAAAAAUGAGUAACUAAUAAGAGGUGCAAGAUUAAAAAAUUUCCCAAUUUUUUGUGCAUAAAAUGUGGUACAAACUUAUUGCUAAAUGAACUACUUUCAUUAAAUUUAAUAUUUAAAAGAUUAUGGUUCUCAUUAGAGUUUUCAUAGAAAAUGCUGAUUAGUUUCAUGAUUUUAAUUGCAUUUUGGUGGUUUGUGGUGUAUUAACUAGCAUUUCGGAUCAUAUGAUGUAUUCACAUUCUCUUUGAGGUUAUUUGGGUUUUAUCGCAAUUAACCGUAUAAUCUUGCCUCUAAGUAUAAGUCAACAUAUAAAUUAUCAAAAAUUUGUACUGAAAUUUAUUUUUGUUCCUAAAUAAUUACAAUUUAAGACUGAGUAGUAGCAACAUGGCUUCAUGCAAUUUCAUAGGACAGUGAUGUAUUACAAAUUGUAAUUUAAUAAUUUAAGUUGGUAUUGUAUUGUUUUAGCAUGACUAGCCACGUUGCCCUUAUAUUAAGCCAGCACGCUGGGCAUCACUUAUGUCGUUGCUUAAAGUCGGAACACCAUGAAGAAGGGGGACUGACGGAGGUGGGAGAGAAGUGUUUGUAGAGUGACUUGGAAAACAAUUACGGUCUUGCGAGUAUUAACAUUUUAAAUAUCAAGACAAGCAGUAUAUUAUACGUACAUAUUUUAUGUUUAGAAAUAACAAAUAUUCAAUAUUGUAUUCUAAAAUGUAUUGUAUUUGCAAACUGCAAAUUUUACUGACAAUUAAAAACAAUUACAAUAAGCAGGUUUAUUUUUGGUGGGGGGGGGGGGGGGUUUAUAGUUACAUUUUUAAAUUUUUAUAGCUAUUCUUCUGUAUUUAUGCUAUUGGCGUCCAAGAUUUGUUUUAAUUGCAUUAAUAUUUUAUACUACAUGUUUUCGUAUUGGAAUUUGAUUUGAACUGAUAACUUAAAUUCUCAGCCUCUUGUUUAAAGUCGCUUGAGUCUAUACGAACAUUAAAUAUUUAGUGGCUUUUUUUUUUCACCCAUUGAAUUAUAACAUCACUUUUUUUUUUUUCAAUUUUGUAGUAUUUUAAAGCAAGAUAUCUUAUUCUGCGAUUGAGCUGGUUGUUUGGCAGCACAAACUGGCCGUGUGCCGGCUGCAGGCGAUGGAAAGGGGCGCGGGGAGAGAGGGGAACAAACCACCGGGCCUCUGCCACUCACCUCGCACCUUCAUCCGCGUCUGCAUCAGCACCGCCGGCCCAGCUGUGCGCCGACUGCCGUUAGAGUCUUCCUGGGGCAAACUGAACGGCACGCUUGCACGUAUCACUGGCUUAGCUGCGUGCCUUCCUCGCUUCUUCCUUCCUGGAGUUCCAGGAGAGAGUUCAAGAUGUGUGAAGGGAAUUGAAACCAGUUGUUUCGUAGCUUCUCGUUGGCCUGCAUUCGCCCCAACCGCUGACUCCUCGUUGUGUUACUUUCGUGCGCUCACAGGGGCACUCUUCUUCACGUUCAGGUUUCCACAUUAAAGAUCCUCUCCCCUGGAGCCAGCCCCCUCCGCAUUGGCCCGUUGACAAGCACCGGGAAACACUUGAGGCAGGUCGCACGGGACUCGGAACUACUUCAGGUAAACAUGUCCAACCUUCGGGAGCGGUCACACACUUCGAGGCAAAGUAGUUCAGAGCGACAUCUCUUCUACACAAGGAGAGUACAAACAGUCCUUUGCAAAAAAAAAAAAAAAACAAGAUGGAGAAUGUUACUGGCACAAGUUUGUGUAAUAGUUUACUGACUACAACAAAAAAAGGAAUACAGGUAAAUAUUUUAUUAUUUUAAAAUUGAUGCUGAUGGUAAUUCUCUGAUAUAGGUACACUUGCUCAAACAAAUAGGAUCUACCACACAUUAAUUCGAUAACAGCAGACAAUCGUUUUGGAGUUACACUUGAUACUAUCGGCCAUGUGACCGUACACUUUCGCUUAGGUUAGGUCAGGUUCACCUGGAGUAGUCCGGGGUUCCGUGUGACCGCAGCCUCAGUUGUCUGUGUCUGGUCUGCAGGGUUUCCAUUGGGGGUGCAGGAGUAGCACGUUUAAACUGAGAAUCGAGUAUUGCAAAAAAUCAACCAUUUUCGAGUUGAGUAGCCAGCAUAACUUUUUUUAUUUUUAGCUUUGUCCUUUUAAGCUCAAAUAACAACAAAUAGUGGCACAAAAUUACACACUGUACGUAGUAUCUCAUGAUGGUUUCAAAUUUGAUGUUAAUUUGAAACAUUAUUAAAAUGAAAACAAUUUUUUACACAGACACUUAUCAUUUUAUUGCUAUUUCAAAUAUUCAAGUUCGUCGUUGCCCUACACAUACACCCAGUACAAGAAUAUCCAGGGGGUGUGUACAAUAAUAUUGUGCAUAUGCUCGCUGGGUGUGGGUGGAAUAGCAGUGCCGUAACAUUUAAUUUGCCCAAUAUGCAUCAUGUUAUCAACUUAUGGUGCUUCUACAGUGAUAGUAGUUCUUUUAUGGUAACUAUUUAUCUUUCGAGAAAUGUAGCAAGAGAGGUUUGCUGUGAUGCGCGGACGUCGUCUACGAUAGUGGACGUAACUGUAUUCCCGAUGGUGACGUAGGCAGUAGUUGUCUUGAACAUGAUAGAAGCAAAGUGCGGCUAGCGCACGUGCCAAGUCCACACGCUCGCUAGAACCUCGGAAACUAACAAAGUCAGAGCUGUGCAACGCUCUCAUUGAUUUUAUCACGUAUAUAACCUUCGAAUUGAGGUUCGAAAAGUGGCCGAUGGCAACAUUGUCGAGCACCGAAACAUGUCGGUAGUUGUGCAAGUUCCGUCGCGUUGCUUGUGAGGAUAAGCACAGAGUGCCACAGUGAGACUUUGUGAGUGUCGUGUUCCGCGGGUGUCUGGACUUGUUAAUAGAGUACCUAGUGUGUAGAUAACAUUGUGAUAGUUGUAAUGUCUGCAAAUUUUUUCAAAAUUAUGUCUUAACAUUACAGAUGUUUGUAAACUUUUUAUUCUUGUCCGCACCAUGACGGGAGUUUCAAAUUUUGUUGUUGGUAGAUGUGAAAUUUCCUUGUUACACUGUGUACAUAACCCGAUGCUACAGUACCUAUAUUGUACUACUGUUGGCGGUACUAUCACGAUAGUUCACCAGCAUGACAUAGUCUAAAGUGAUGCAAAGUAUUAAUUGCAUUUUGCAUCAUAUGACAGUUUUGUAUCAUGUUUAUCAUCUGUUGUACAUAAAUACGUAUUUGUGGUUAUGUGUGUAAUAUAGAUGUGUACAUA